AUGUAUGGCAUAGAAGGUCCCCACCCCCGAGGUCUAAACAAGAACAUGCAAGUCUAUAACGUGUCACGCGACAACAUGCACUGCGAGCUGCAAGGGGACUCAGGAACGCUCAGAUUACCGGUAUGGAUUGACGUGAAGUUCGAUGUACGGGGACGAGCGAAAAUGGCGCUUGAGGCUGGCGAGAUGGCUGUUACGGUGGAGUUCGCCAAAGAUCUUAAGGACAAAGACUUCUUCGGCAAGCAGGACCCAUACUGCAUAGUUAAAGUGGGGACUCAGCAGUACCGCACACGGACCGCCACGGAUGGCGGCAAGCGACCGGUGUGGAACGAGACAUUUCGCUUCAAUGUCCUGAACGAGAAUGAUGCGGAACUCGUCAUCAAAGAUGAGGAUGUGGGUCAUGACGAUAACCUGGGCUCCGCCCGAGUUUCUUUUGCGCGGGCCCGCGAGUAUGGAAGGGACCAGGUCCAGGCGCCCGUGUACACCAAGCACGGCAAGCAACACGGUUUCGUACAUGUGACGCUGAACUUCACCCGAAAUUCUGCCCUUAAGGCACACGGAGCGUACCCAGCGGCGUAUCCAACACAGCAGUAUGCGCAGUACCCGUACCCCCAGCAGGUCCCAGGUAAGUGCACACACGUGGCCAACCAGGCUACAGUGCGGCGCAGCCAGGCUACGGUGUGGCGCAGCCAGGCUACGGCGCCCCACCGCCUGCGUAUGGUGCCCCGAUGCCUGCAUACGGAGCUCAGCCACCUGCGUACGGAGCUCAGCCACCUGCGUACGGCGCACCUCCGCCUGCGUACGGCGCACCUCCGCCUGCGUACGGAGCUCCAGGGGUAUCCACACCAGGGGCAGUAUGGCGCCCCGCCUCCCGCGCAGGGCGCCCCCGCGGCCUACGGCGUUCCCCCACAGGCAACGUACCCGGGCUAUCCGCCGAAGUAA